CAACGCGCAAUCUGCAGCAGCCAUGGCCCCGCGCGUUUACUCCAAGACCUACAAGGUCCCCCGUCGUCCGUUCGAGUCGGCUCGUCUUGACUCGGAACUGAAGGUUGUCGGCGAGUACGGCCUGCGCAACAAGCGUGAGGUGUGGCGUGUCCAGCUCACUCUGUCCAAGAUCCGUCGUGCUGCUCGUGAGCUGCUCACUCUCGACGAGAAGGACCCCAAGCGUCUGUUCGAAGGUAACGCUUUGAUUCGCCGUCUGGUCCGCAUCGGUGUGCUCGAUGAGUCCCGCAUGAAGCUCGAUUACGUCCUGGCCCUCAACGUUGAGGAUUUCCUGGAGCGUCGUCUGCAGACCUGCGUCUACAAGCUUGGCCUCGCCAAGUCCAUCCACCACGCUCGUGUCCUGAUCAAGCAGCGUCACAUCCGUGUCGGUAAGCAGAUCGUCAACGUGCCUUCUUUCAUGGUCCGCCUGGACUCCCAGAAGCACAUCGACUUCUCCCUCACCUCGCCCUUCGGUGGUGGCCGCCCCGGCCGUGUCCAGCGCAAGAAGCUCAAGGCCGCCCAGUCCGGCGGUGGUGACGACGCUGAGGAGGAGGAGGAAUAGAUUAUUCAAAAAGGCGUACAGCGGGGUUUCGCAAUGGAAUAUCAAAAUUCUGGGGCUUCAUUGCGACUGCAGCAUAGCGUAUAACGUUGUACGAUCAUGCAUCUCAAUGAAUGAAUACCAUUUGUCCUUGCGGCUCUCUUUCGGAUCCUCCAUCAUCUUAAUUCUUCUAUACCCCACAACGCACUCUAAGCAGAUCAAACGUCAAAUUGUA